AUGGCCCACCAAGACGCCGCCGCCCAGCCAUGGGAUCCCUCCUCGUGGCGCUCAAAGCCCAUCAAGCAGUCUCCCACCUAUCCCGACCCCUCCAAGCUGCAAAAGGCCACGGCCGAGCUCUCGCGGAUGCCGCCGCUGGUGCACCCCCACGAGAUCAACGCCCUCAAGGCUCACCUGCGCGAGGUCGCCCUGGGAAAUGCCUUUCUGCUGCAGGGCGGCGACUGCGCCGAGCUGUUUGACUACUGCGAGCAGGGCGCCAUCGAGUCCAAGAUCAAGCUGCUGCUGCAGAUGAGCCUCGUGCUCAUCUGGGGCACCAACAAGCGCGUCGUUCGCAUUGGCCGCAUGGCUGGCCAGUACGCCAAGCCGCGGUCGAGCCCGACGGAAAUGGUCAACGGCCAGGAGCUGCCCAGCUUCAGAGGCGACAUUCUCAACGGCUACCACGUCGACGAGCGUGAGAUUGACCCCGGCCGUCUCCUCAAAGCGUACCACCACUCUGCUGCUACUCUCAACUACAUCCGCACAGCCCUCGCCUCUGGCAUUGCCGACCUGCACCGGCCCCUUGACUGGGGCCUGGGCCAUGUCCGCGACCCGGCGCUCAAGGAGAAGUACUCCAAAAUCGCAUCCAGCAUCCAGCAGACGCUGCGCUUCCUGCAAGUCAUCAACGCCCGCCCCGGCGAGCUCGAGACCGUCGAGCUCUACACCAGCCACGAGGGCCUCCUGCUCGAAUACGAGCAGCCCCUGACGCGCCUCCUCGAGAAGCCCACCCAUCCGGGCGUCAGCAGGCCCGGCACGCCCCCAAGCUCAUCACCAACCAUCAAGCCCCUCCAGGCCGGCGGCGAAUCCAAGGAGUACUACGACACAUCCGCCCACUUCGUCUGGAUCGGCGACCGCACCCGCCAGCUCGACCACGCCCACGUCGAGUUCUUCCGCGGCAUCGCAAACCCCAUCGGCAUCAAGGUCGGCCCCUCGACCCCGACCGAGGACAUCCUCGCCCUGCUCCGCGCCCUCAACCCGUCCUGCGAGCCCGGCAAAAUCACCCUCAUCACCCGCUACGGCGCCGGAAAAGUCGCCGAGCUGCUCCCCAAGCACAUCCGCGCCGUCGAGGACUCGGAGCACCGCCGAUGCGUCGUCUGGCAGUGCGACCCCAUGCACGGCAACACCCUGUCCACCCCGACCGGCAUCAAGACCCGCCGCUUCAACGACAUCUACAGCGAGCUCGAGCAGUCGCUGCGCAUCCACAAGGAGGAGGGCAGCUACCUCGGCGGCGUGCACCUGGAGCUGACCGGCGAUGCGGUUACCGAGUGUCUGGGCGGCAGCGAGGGCCUUGAUGAGGAUGACCUCUCGACCAACUACACGUCUUUCUGCGACCCGAGAUUGAAUGAGAAGCAGGCUCUUGAGCUGGCUUUCUUGGUGGCGGACCACUACUCCCGGGAACAUAAGAAAUGA